UAGGGCGGGGCCACGUCCUCUUCCAGCCGGCGGCCGCCCGCCCGCCCGCCCGCUUCCGUCAACCUCACUGCGGCUUCCUUCCGUCUCGCUCGGAGUUUCCCUCUGCGUUCGCUCCGCGCUGCUGGAGGCUGUCGUCCCAAUGCUCCCCAAACGGCGGCGAGCGCGGGUCGGGUCCCCUAGCGGCGAUGCCGCUUCCUCCACGCCGCCCUCGACGCGCUUCCCGGGAGUCGCCAUCUACCUGGUCGAGCCUCGCAUGGGUCGCAGCCGCCGGGCCUUCCUCACACGCCUGGCGCGCUCCAAAGGCUUCCGCGUCCUUGACGCCUGCAGCUCCGAAGCGACACAUGUUGUGAUGGAAGAGACCUCAGCAGAGGAGGCCGUCAGCUGGCAGGAGCGCAGGAUGGCAGCUGCUCCCCCGGGUUGCACCCCCCCAGCUCUGCUGGACAUAAGCUGGUUAACAGAGAGCCUGGGAGCUGGGCAGCCUGUACCUGUGGAGUGCCGGCACCGCCUGGAGGUGGCUGGGCCAAGGAAGGGGCCUCUGAGCCCAGCAUGGAUGCCUGCCUAUGUCUGCCAGCGCCCCACGCCCCUCACGCACCACAACACUGGCCUCUCGGAGGCUCUGGAGACACUGGCCGAGGCAGCAGGCUUUGAAGGCAGUGAGGGCCGCCUCCUCACCUUCUGCAGAGCAGCCUCGGUGCUCAAGGCCCUUCCCAGCCCUGUCACAACCCUGAGCCAGCUGCAGGGGCUUCCCCACUUUGGAGAACACUCCUCUAGGGUUGUCCAGGAGCUGCUGGAGCAUGGGGUGUGUGAGGAGGUGGAGAGAGUUCAGCGCUCAGAGAGGUACCAGACCAUGAAGCUCUUCACCCAGAUCUUCGGGGUCGGUGUGAAGACUGCUGACCGGUGGUACCGGGAAGGACUGCGAACCUUAGAUGACCUCCGAGAGCAGCCCCAGAAACUAACCCAACAGCAGAAAGCGGGGCUCCAGCACCACCAGGACCUGAGCACCCCAGUCCUGCGGUCCGAUGUAGAUGCCCUGCAGCAGGUGGUGGAGGAAGCUGUGGGGCAGGCCCUGCCUGGGGCCACCGUCACGCUGACCGGCGGCUUCCGCAGGGGGAAGUUGCAGGGCCAUGACGUGGACUUCCUCAUCACCCACCCCAAGGAGGGUCAGGAGGCGGGGCUGCUGCCUAGAGUGAUGUGCCGCCUGCAGGACCAGGGCCUCAUCCUGUACCACCAGCACCAGCACAGCUGCUGGGAGUCCCCUACCCGCCUGGCCCAACAGAGCCACAUGGACGCUUUUGAGAGAAGUUUCUGCAUUUUCCGCCUACCACAACCUCCAGGGGCUGCUGUGGGGGGAUCCACGAGGCCCUGCCCAUCCUGGAAGGCCGUGAGAGUGGACUUGGUAGUUGCACCCGUCAGCCAGUUCCCUUUCGCCCUGCUCGGUUGGACUGGCUCCAAGCUUUUCCAGCGGGAGCUGCGCCGCUUCAGCCGGAAGGAGAAGGGCCUGUGGCUGAACAGCCAUGGGCUGUUUGACCCGGAGCAGGGAAGCAGCAGUGGCAAGACUCCUAGGUCACGGAAGUCCUGCUUCUGUUGCAGAAGACAUUUUUCCAAGCAGCUUCAGAGGAAGACAUCUUCAGACACCUGGGCCUCGAGUACCUUCCUCCAGAGCAGAGAAACGCCUGAGCCUGCCUGUGUCCCCCACUUCCACUCAGGAAAUUGGGCUGCCCCCAACCUGGCCACUGAAUGUCUCCAGGCAGAUAUGCUGCCCCCUGACCCCCACCUUCACCCCUCCCCGCCAAGGCCUGGCUCUUCCGGAGGUCAGUUGUGCCUGAAGGAUCAGUUGAGCCCCUGCUGGUGUGCUGCAGGGUGUGAUGAGGUGGGAGCCCUCAGUGCCAGCCUCAUCACUGUGUGACCCUGGGUCUGCUCUUAGCCUCCCCAUGGCUCACGUUCCUGCCCUGGAUGGGAUGUGAGCAGGGCCCACAUCAUGGAGCUGUGGUGGGACCUGCAGUCAUGAAUGGCAAGUGGUCCCUGAUGUGCAGUGUCCCAUUAGUUGCACUGCAGUUAACUGUGGCUCCUGCAGGGCACCCUGCCCAGAAUGCCCAGAAGAGAACCAUGCAUACCUGCACUGCAUUUGAGAGCCAUGAGCUGGAGGCUGUGGUUCGUGCCAGCAAGGAGCCUACUGUCUGGUGUGCUGUAGGCAUCUGGAGAGGGAGAGGGCCUGGGUAGGAGCUGGGAGGAAGAUAAUUUUCAACUAUGGGGCUUCAGUACUGCAGCGCCCUGAGCCAGGCUCUGUGCUUCUGCCUUUAAGGCCUGUUCUCAGCACAAUGUCUCAAAAAUAGGUCAUAUCCUGCCACUCCCGUCGCAGAGCCCUUUAAUGGUUCCAAACCCUAAGUCCACACAUAGCCCCUGGCUCUGGCAUCUCUCCAGCCCCACUGGCCCCGAGCUGCUUGACUCACCGGCUUCCUAUUUGAUGCACCCAGGCCCCCUUGUGGCCAACUCCCUCCCCUUCUCACUGAGGCAGAAGCACUGAGAUGGGCUGGACAUGGGUGCCCUCCAUGUCCCUCAUAUCCCCAGGCACACUCUGGCCUCAGGUUUUGCCCUGGCCAUGUCAUCCACCUGGAGUGGGCCCUCCCCUUCUUCAGGCCUUGAAUCAAAAGCCACUUUGUUAGGCGAGGAUUUCCCAGACCACUCAUCACAUUAAAAAAUAUUUUGAAAACAUGCAGUAAA